AUGUCCACGACGGAUCCCUCCUCGUCGUCGUCAACUGCCAUGUCCACCCAGCCGAUAUCGUUCUCAAAGGACCACAGCUCGUCGGCGUCCCAGGACUACCCGAUGGGCUCUGCCUCCAUCGGCUCAUACAACGGCUCGAACGGCUCCUUCAACCCCGCCUCGUAUGCGCGCCACUACCUGGGCUCCCCGCUGAGCUGGCAGCCCGCCUCCUCUUUUGGUGGCCGCAUAUUCGCAAGUGGUAGCCCGACGGCGCAGCUCUUGGUCUCCUCUUUCGAAGCCCGCAAUGGGAAGAUGCCCUCAUCAGUAGAGAGCGACCGGGAGUCGCUCAUGAAUGCUCUCAAUGUCUUUGACCGUGACUCCGAGCUGUGCCGCAACUACACCUGCUGUGGCCUGCACCUCACCGACCUGCACGCCCUCUUGGAGCACUUCGAGGAGGUGCACAUAAUCGCGAACGCCGCUGCCGCCCCGCACAUCAGCGUCCCUUUCAACCCCCAGCCGGGCCCACAACAGCAACAGCAGCAGCCGUCGUACUUCCCGCAGUCGCAGCAGCAGCAACAGCAACAGGCGUACCCCACCCCCUUUGACCCAGACGACAUGGACCUCGAUUCAACCCCCGCCCCUAGCGAGUCGAGCUCCCCGCGGUCGGGCUCCGGCGGCUCGACGCCCCCGGAUACGCCUGUCUCCACGCCCCUCGAUCCCUACGGCCAGUACUCGUACUCGAACCCGUACUCGUCACCCCCGUCCCCCGCGCCUUUCACGGGCAAGAUGCAUACCAGCUUCUACGGCUUCCCCACCGCGCCCGCGUCCGGGACCCAGGCGCACGACGGCAUGCGCACGAACGACACGGCCGCAGGCGCAUCGUGCGUGCCGCCCGCGCUGCUCUUCAGCGCCAACCCGCCCGCCGCGGCGCCGGCGUCGAAUGCGGAGCAGACGCCCGCAUCGGCACCCUCGACGCCCACCGUCUCCGCUUCCGCCGCGGCGCCCCCGCCCCCGACCGUCCCGCGGCCGGUGGUCCGUGCGAGCGCCCAGGCACCCCCGCCGGGUGGGGAGGCGUCGACGAGUUCCGUCAAGGCGAACAGCGUUGCGAACGUGCUGAGCACGAUCUCGUCGAAACCUUUCAAGUGCCCGAAGCCGAAUUGCAACAAGAGCUACAAGCAGGCGAACGGGCUGAAGUACCACAUGACGCACGGGAGCUGCAACUUCGCGCCCGCGAAGGAGGUGGAGCAUGUCAAGGAUCUCCUGCUCGAGCGGCGCAAACAGCAGCAGGCGCAGCAGGGCGGGAACGCGAACAUGCAACUGUCGACGUCGCCCUCGUUGGAGGGCCUCACGGAGGACGACCUGCUCUCCCUGUCUCGCGAGGCGGAGAAGCGGUUGAGACCGUUCGCGUGCGGCGUCGGCGACUGCCAGCGGCGGUACAAGAACAUGAACGGGCUCCGGUACCACUACCAGCACUCCGGCGACCACGGCGCGAUCGGCCUGCGCAUGCUAGCGAGCGGCGUGCACGACUGCCUCUCACAAAACGGCUCGGGUCGGCGCAGUGCGCACGCGAGCGCGGCGUCGACGCGGGCAGGCACGCCAUCCGCGGCGUCGACGACCUCGACGUCCACGAUCCACGUGCAGACGUCGGGCGGCAUGCAGAGCCCGAGUGGCAUGCAGUCACCGAGUGGCAUGCAAUCGCCGGGUGGUAUGCAGUCGCCGAGCGGGCUGUCCCAGGGCGCGAAUGGGAUGGUCGCGACGCAGGUGUUCUCGCCGCAGCACACGCCGAACUCGUCCGCGUUCUCGCAGACGUUUGCGAAUGCGCCGUACCUGGGGUACAAUGCGCAGGCGCAGAGUCAGCCUAUGUAUGCCCAGCAGCAGCCGCAGCAGUGGACGAUGCAGCAGUAG